AUGGGUAGUGCCUGUAAAAACAUGAAAAAUACACAAGAUCUAAAGUAAAUCUACAUGAAUUAAAAUGGACCAUUUAAAUAACUGAAAAGAGCUCAUUUUCAACAUCCUAAGCAAGUUAUGGAUUUAGAAAGUUCUUAUUCUAUCUGCUCUGAAAGAAACUCAUCUUAGUGUUCAAAAACUAUUGGAAAUAUAAAUACUUCAAGUUGUAUUUAUAUGAAACAAAGAGACAAUCGUUUUUUUACUAAAAGAGUUAAUAGUAGUUUAAAUCACAACAGUUUAAAUUUUCUCAAAAAAGAUGAUCAAAGUUCAUAAUCUGAGUUAUCUGUAGAACUGAUCGAUAACAAUUAACUUACAUUAAUAAUACCUUAUCAUACAAGAAGAUCUUGGAGUAGAAGAAGAGCAACAACUAAAUUUGAUUUAUUAAUGAAAGUGAAAAAUUAGAAAUACGUAGAAAGAUAUACAAGGAGGAAAACGUGA